AGAAUGAGUGGAGAGCUGUGGAGCAGUCACAAGCGUCACCCAGUGGCCCGGUGCUGGUUCACCAGUCGCUACCUUGUGGCCGCACACCUCCCUCAGAGGAGGAGAACCGACGUGGUCUCUGGGGCCGCUGAACCUCUCCACAGAUGCCACCGGGGACUACUGAGGGUCAUGGACUUCUCCGUCGACCCUCUUUACUACACUCGCCUCCUCCCGAGUGUCUGUUCCAGUGGAUACGAUGAACCGUCCCGCUCCUUCUACCACCUGGACCUCAAACUACCCUAUGACACCAUUUCA